AGGGUUUUUGUUGGGCUCAGAAUGUACUGUUCGUUCCCAUACCGCCCACCAGGCUGCUCCAGAUGUGAAACGUGAUGUCAGUCACUCCUAGAGGAAACACUGAACUGCGGGACUGUACAAGAUGUCUGCUGUGCUCUACUCCGUGAGUGGUAAUAAUGCAAGUCUUCAGGGCACCACAGUGGGGGGUACUAAACCUUUGCACCGCUUCAUUAAGGGACAACCUAAGAUUAUUGGGGUCAUAGUGCUGAUCAUAGGUUCCUCGUUGUUCAUCAUUUCUGUCUCGGGGGUGAACCCCAUGACAGACCUCUUUUUGUCAGAGGUCUCAUCUAGCAUCCUGCUUGGUUUACUGUUUAUAAUGUGUGGGAUUCUGUAUAUUUUGACCGAACACCACCCAAGCAAGAAAACGGUAACCAUAUCAUUGGCUCUAAGUAUUGUGACCAUACUUUGGUCCGGUUGGACUAUCCUGUGCAUUAUGCCUAUGAUGAUAAACCACCUUCACGACAGAUAUGAAUACUUUGAAGAUAAUACCACAGGGAAUGAGGACCAUGCAUGGCACACCUAUCAUGAGGCCAUGAUAGUGUCCAUGGAAGUGGUCUUCAUGCUCUACUGUUUUGCGGGAGCAAUUAUUUUCAUUGUCAUGUCAAUCAUGGCUGGAAUUGCUCUACGUUCAACGAAAAGCCAGGCAAUGGUAGUGAUGACCGCUGCACCAACUGAAACACAAGAUGAACAACAAGCUGAAGAGGAGGGUCUAAAUUGUGAGAAAAUGGAUGAAUAGUAGUAAUAAUAAGCAUUCAUGAAGUAUGUGCUUCCUCAGUAAGGCACAGUGGGAUCAUUUUUUCUCAAGUAUUACCACUUUUCACUGUUCCUCACUGUUUAAACAUUACCACCACCAGUACCACUCUGUAGGUAAUAAUGCUGUUCUCACCAAUUGUCUGCACAAUAUGUUUACACUGCUGCAUCACAGGACAAAGGUCUGGGUGAAACCAACACUGUUUUCUGUUAUUGAAAUACAAAGCCAAAUUUAUCAGAAAUAGUAAACCAAGGCAACUUCAGGCUUAAACUGUGAUGAGCAUUUCACUUGUUGAUUGGGAACCUUAUAGAAUCCAUUGUAAAAGACACAUUAAAACAAUCUAGAAGAAAUAUUUUUGGGUUGAUGGGCUGUUAGCCUGCCACCAUCACUAUUUACUUAAUUUUUUUUCAAAAGGAGUGCUCUCCAAAUGGCCUUUGACCAGCCUGGUUUCUAGACCCCUGUGUCAGUCCCCAUACUUAACUUUUCAGCACUUGAAAUAUGGUACUGAAAAAACUGUAGUGCAGUCUGAUCAUGUUUUACCACUUAUAUUUUGGAAAAGUAUUGUAGUACGCAUCAGGAUUUAAUUAUGACCAAUGCACUGACAAAAGUGCAGAGUAAAUGUUUGUUUAUGACCAUUAAUUAUUAACCAUUAAAGACUUACUAACAUGUAUAACUCUAAGAGUUACACACGUGUGCUUAUUUGAGUAUUUAUUAACUAUUAAAUAUAGACUUACAAUAUUACCUAUAGGAUACAUAGUCAUUUUUAAUAUAAAAACUUUAUUAGGAGAGUUGUUUCCAGUAAGAGAACAUCUGUUACAUGUUAUAUCUGUAAUGUGCUGUUGACAAGUUCAACCAUAAACAGUUCAACUCUGUUAAAUGUUCUCUCUGUUUUUAAUGAAGUGUUGAAUAAAGAACACAGUGGUU